AGAGUCCUUCUGGAAAUAAGGGCUGGUCGCGUUGCUGGAGCUUCUUUCUUUUCUGGGGCCACGUGGGUGGGGAGUGUUCCGCUUUUCGAAGCACGUGUGAAGAAGAAGAAAAAGUGCAGUUGCAGUUCUUAAGAGGGACGAAUAUCGAGGGCAAUGGACAAGGACAACGCGGGCCAAGGGUUAGUGGAUUAAGGUGGAGAGGAGGGGAAAAAACUUGAACGGAAUGUGAUAAAUGCCAACUAAACGAACGAUGGUCGUGGAGUAGGAGUUGGGGAGAACGGGGAAGAUUCUCAAGCUCAUAGUUCAACCCCCGAGAAUCACGGCCGGCGUGACACAGUGAUCGUGAGUGUGAGUGUGUGAAUGUGUGUGACAUAUAGAGGAAGUGCAGUGGAGAAAAGUGCAAAAGUACACGUAACGAUGUGCACAUAAUUUUACAUGUGUUGUGGUUAUUGUACUAGUUGUUGUUGUUGUUGUUGCUGUUGAUGUCGUCAAAGUUGUGGUUUAGCUGAUGUUUAGUAGGGAAUUUAGAUGAAUGAUUUUACUGGUAGGUUUGAGUCACUGGGGACGUGGCGAUUUCUGAGAAACGGCAAUAUUGUAAACGAGAUGCCUCUCUAGCAGCAGCACGAUGAUGAGGAGGAGGAUGUCGAGCACUAGUUUUGCUGAUAGUUGUGGUAGUAGCAGCGCCAGUACAUCAUUGCCUGCUGGAGGAAGUCGAAAACUUGUCCGUCGGCGGAAUCUGCCUCUGGUGGUGGCAGCAAAUUGAGUGGCAGUUUUUUUUCUCUCUCUCGCGAAAAAGCUCCCACGGAAAUGGAAAACGGAAAAUAAUUAAAAACUUUUCACCGCAUGUGGUGGUGGUGGCUGGGGGAGUAGUGCAUGUGAGCUUUUUCAACGGCUUAAAGCUACUGGGAAUUGAAAUUCCGAACGCAGUUAGAAAAAAAUAACAGUGCGGCAGCAUGUGUCCCGCGGCGGUUGUCCCAGCGCGAAGUUGGCCGGAACUGGACGGUGGAACCGGGUUCGAAAUAUCCUGCUUAUGUGAGUUAUAGUGAAUGGUUUGGUGUGAGACCAAAAUAAGCAAAGUUUAAAGUUGAAUUUUGAAAAAACAGUUUCGGGGAAACCUUGGGAGACGGAGUCCAAGAGGGGUACAAGUUGGGGUCGGGACGGAUGGGGUGCGAAGGUGGUGGCCGGCCGGUGAAAAUGUGGCAGCGGACCGGGUGGUGGUGUUGGCUCUGGUGGCGACAUCUGGUGAUAACGGGACUUGUGCUGCUGCUGUGCGGCGCGCAGACCGGAGGGGCCGUGAAGAGUGGGCACUCGCGGGCGAUGGCAGCCGGCCGACUGGAGAACGUCACCCAAACUAUUUCUAGGAUAUUGGAAGGAUACGACAUCCGGUUGCGGCCAAACUUUGGCGGUGACCCACUAACUGUAGGGAUGGAUUUAACGAUAGCUAGUUUCGAUGCAAUUUCAGAAGUAAAUAUGGACUACACGAUAACAAUGUACCUAAAUCAGUACUGGAAGGACGAGCGAUUAGCGUUCAACGCCUACUCGAUUUGGGGCAACAACGCAGGGGCGUCCUCAUCCUCGUCGUCCUCAGGUGGUUCAGGGGCGUCGUCUCAGUACGACCAAAACGGGGACAUCAUGAUCGACGACGACGGCGCGAAUGAUGUGAUAACCCUGUCGGGGGACUUUGCCGAGAAGAUCUGGGUGCCGGACACGUUCUUCGCGAACGACAAAAACAGCUUCCUGCACGACGUCACCGAGCGGAACAAGCUGGUCCGGCUGGCGGGGGAUGGGGCGGUGACGUACGGGAUGCGGUUCACGACGACGCUAGCCUGCAUGAUGGACCUGCACUACUACCCGCUGGACUCGCAGAACUGCACCGUGGAGAUCGAGAGUUAUGGUUACACCGUGUCCGACGUGGUGAUGUACUGGCGCUCGACGCCGAUCCGGGGAGUGGAAGAGGCGGAACUGCCCCAGUUCACCAUCAUCGGGUACGAGACGAACGAUAGGAAGGAAAAGCUCGCCACCGGCGUGUACCAGCGGUUAUCCCUUUCCUUCAAGCUCCAGCGAAACAUUGGCUACUUCGUGUUCCAGACGUACCUCCCCAGCAUUCUGAUCGUGAUGCUUUCGUGGGUGUCGUUCUGGAUCAACCACGAGGCCACUUCGGCGAGGGUGGCCCUCGGAAUUACGACGGUGCUCACGAUGACCACGAUCAGCACCGGGGUGCGGAGUUCGCUUCCGAGGAUCAGCUACGUUAAGGCCAUCGACAUUUACCUCGUGAUGUGCUUCGUGUUUGUGUUUGCGGCGCUGUUGGAGUACGCGGCCGUGAAUUACACCUACUGGGGGGCGCGGGCCAAGAAGAAGAGUAAAAAGAACAAGGAGCAGGAGAAGAAGGUUUCAAGAAAACAAGAAAACAGUGCCAACAGCGGCGGCGGCGGCGGCUGCUCCUCCGAGGACAUCAUCGAGCUGCAGGACGUCCGGAUGAGCCCGAUCGCGUCGCUGCGCAAUCGGCACUACUCCAACACGACCUCGUCGACGGGCAUCAGCGGCGGUCCGGACGCGAUCGACCUGGCCAAGUUCCCGCCCAGUUUCCGGAUUUCGCGCCAGUACGGCGGCGGUGGCGGCGGAAGCACCCGGUCCAGCGGCCUCCGCUACCGGGCCAAUCGGGGUCACAACCGGCCCAAGAUGCUGCACGCGAUCCGGCGCGGCGCGUCCGUCAUCAAGGCGUCCAUCCCGAAGAUCAAGGACGUCAACGUGAUCGACAAGUACUCGCGGGUCAUCUUUCCGGUGAGCUUUGCGGCGUUCAACGCCGGCUACUGGAUCUUCUACGUUCUGGAGUGACCUACCGUGAACUAACCGAAUCCGUAAGCAAAGUCACGACCCGCCACGAGUCGAGUAGCAACAGUAGCGGUCUCGUAGUGCAACUCAGUAGAACGCCGAAGGUCGAAGCAGGCGACGACGAUGACGAACACCCUGUAGAGA